AUUUCUUGUGGAUUCCUCAAACGAAAUCUGUCCUGCCACAUAUCUACGCUACAUCCUGUCGGACAGCACUUUUCAUGUCCUGCACAUCACCAUGCAGAAGAGGCAAAUACUCAGGAAAUCUGGGUAGAUCUGGCAGUCCUAGCUGUUCAAUGAAUAAACAAAAGAUACAUUUAAAUAGUGACAAAUCCAAUUAGCCGUGCAGGCGAUGAAGGCCCUACUCCAAUGUGUUUACAGUCUUAAAAAAGUGGGGUAUAUUUCCAUGAAAUGCAAAAAAAGGUACAAUGAAUGUAUCAAGGAGGGGAGAUUGUUGUUGCAAAUACCAUGCAGUAAUAAAGUUAACUACAAAAACAAUCAGUAUGUAUUGGAAUGUCUCAUUGGGGACUGUGGAAGUAACUGUUUCAAUAACCCUCCCUCUUUACUCUUAAGCCAUUUGUUAUUUCACCUGGGGGAGAAGGGGUUAAUAUGUCUCUCAUCUGUACAGACUAACAUCUGGUAGUCAUCAGUAACCCCCAUCAUUAAUCCGUCCAUAGCAGAAGCCUUCUACAGCAGAUCACACAGCAUUACAGUUCCUUGUACAUUAAGGGGUUUCGGGUUUCAGAGAGAAGUUACACACUUUUUUUAAAAUCCUGGAUUUCUGGGAAAAGAAAUGAGAGGGGAGGAGAAGGAUCUGGGAUGUGCCUUACUAUAAGAAUUAGGGCAGCCAUGCGGUGGACAAGACAGGAUGCUGUAUCGCUAUUUUAACUAAAGGACUGCAACUUAAUAAAUUGCACCCACGAAUGAUGGCUUGGUAGAUUUUGGAAAUACACCGUAUUGGAAAUGGUAGCCAUCGGACUAACUCAAUUUUUGGUUCUCUUGGGGACUCUGAUAUCUGCGGAGUCCCAGAACCUGAUUAAGAAUACCAAGGAGCAAAAAUCAGGAGGACGUUUAAUAAUAAGUGAGGUCAACGCCGAUAAUCCUGGACUUGAUACAACUGAGUUUGUGGAGCUUUUUCACACCAGUAGGCAAAAUGUUUCUCUUGAUGGUUACACGUUGGUAUUCUAUAACGGCAAAACUAACAUGGCGUAUAAGGUGCUGAAUCUAACUGGUCUAUCUACAGAUAACAGAGGAUUCUUUCUAAUUGGCUCCCUAAUGGUAAACCCUCGGCCUUCUAUUAUUGUACCAUCCAACACCAUCCAGAAUGGUCCGGAUGCCAUUGCUCUUUAUUUUGGGGAUGGAACUUACCGCGAAAACAUGAAGGUGACUAAUAAAAGUCUAGAGGAUGCCUUGGUUCAUAAGGCAAAACCCACAGAACAAGCUGAUGUUUUACAAAAUAUUCUGACGCCUGGCAUUGAGGCCUUCUUAGAAGAUGCCAGCUUUCAUAGUGCGGAUGAGUCUAUCGGGCGGUGCAUGGAAAUGGAUGGCCAAUGGACUUUUCGAAUGACACACGUGUCUCCGGCUAGUGAAAACUACUGCAAAGGCUACCCAGCUGUAGUGAUAAACGAAGUGUCUUCACCUUACGCCCAGGAUUUGUACGUAGAGAUCCGGGGACCUCCCUCUGCUCACCUUUCUGACCUGGUGCUGGCAUUCAUUCGUGGCGAAGACCAGAAAUUAUACCAUACGGCAGAUAUUAGCGGUCACACCAACAAAAUGGGUUUUUAUCUGCUGGAAAAUGAAAAUGCCAGUAAUCGUGCUCAGCAAACACUGCCAGAAUCGGUUCGAUUGUUCAGAAAGGAUGGUGGAGCAGUGGCUUUAUAUCUGGGGAAAAAAAGUGGAAAUUUACUAAAUACUCAUUUUCCAACCAGUGGUUUAGUCGAUGCCGUGGUAUAUGGCGAUUACGAGGAUAUGGGUCCACACCCACUUCAGGAUUUGACCAUGGGAGAUCCCAUCAUAUAUUGGCAUAGUGGAGAUGUAAACAUUUCUGCCAGCCGCUGUAGUGCCACGACAGGAGGACCUGCCUUCUUCAUGCUUAGAGGGAACUCCCCUGGCCAGACCAACGACUGCCCUUCAGAGAACAAGCCUCGCAAUUUCUCCAUUUGUUUCAGGGUACCGGACUGUUCUCUGCCGAGAGGGGAUCUGAUAACCCUUAUGCUUCUACAUGGCCUGGUUGACUCACUGCAAGUUCUCAGUCCUGGCUCCUUGCCAGCCGACAUUUUCACAGAUCCCAGCUUUACCUGUCAGUCUGGUGUAAUAAUCCUGCACGUCAAGCAAAAUUCAUCCAUAAAUCUUCGUGAUUCAGACCUGUCUAAUGUCCUGGAACAGUUUGUGACUUCAGGAACCACCAUAGCUGUUGGUGUUAAUGCCACUGUGCUGCCAAGCUGCCAGGCUUCACAUGCUGCAACACUUCUUCCAGACGUUUUGACGACCAGCCCUCCUGAUUCAAAGUCCCCUGCGGUAAUCAUCAGCGAAAUAAACCCCAAUACUCCUGGAGCUGCCGAGGAUACGGAGUUUGUGGAGCUUCAUAACCCUUUGAACUUCUCUGUCAGCCUUGCUGGGUACUGGCUGGUUUUCUAUAAUGGAAAGAAUAACCUGGCGUAUUACACGCUAGAUCUCAAAGGCUAUAGGAUUGACAAGCGUGGCUACUUCCUGGUGGGUAACGCUAAAGUGUCCCCAAAACCUAACGUUGCAAUGCCCUCUAACACCUUACAGAAUGGGGCAGAUGCAGUGGCUUUGUAUUAUCGUCCUGGAAAGGGCUACAAGAAAAAUAUGGAGGUGACAGCUGAUGGGUUGGUGGAUGCCUUAGUCUAUGUAUCCCAAGUUGGAGAUGACGCAGAGAGGCUUUUGAAGGAUCUUACACCAGGACAGGAAGCUGUGCAUGAGAAUGAGAGAUUUCAUGAGGACGAUGAGUCUUUGAGUCGUUGCAAUGGGCUGGUGCCCCUGAGCCUGUCAAGCUUCCAAGUUACGAGAAUUACUCCUCUAGCAGAUAAUGACUGUACAACCAUAAGACCAUCCCUCCAUCCACAUAUGACCUCUUCCUCUGUCGUCACAUCUGGAACCCCUGUGAGCCUGAUGAUCAGUGAGGUUGGGGUGUUAACCGGUUCCGAGCCGUAUAACUUCAUUGAGCUGAAGGGGCGACCGGGCACUAGAGUACAUGGAAUUACCCUGGUUCUGUAUGACAUGGAUGGAAAGGUGUAUGACCGGUUUGGACUGGAAGGUUUCCUAGGACUAAAUGGCUUCUAUGUAAUAAGCAUCAAUGCAACAAGUGAACAGCGACUACCAUCACUCUCGCGUCCCAGCACUUUCAGCCCUGAGGCCCUGGCUUUGUACACUGGGAGUCCAGAGAGUUUCCCUGUGGGAUCGGGCCUCACUCAGACAGGGCUUCUAGAUGCUGUAGUCUAUUCAUGGGAAAGCAGCUCUUCAAGUGAACUUCUGAGAGACCUGGGACAAGAGAGCAUCACUUUAUACGGCGAGCAAAGGUUAUUCUCUGUGAGCCGAUGUCCUCAUAUUUUGGACUUCCAUAAUCCGCUCCUGUUGCCUGUACCGCAGCCUAGUCCUGGUUCUGCCAACUUUUGCCCCUUCAGUUCCUCCCCAUUCCAACUGGACCUCUGCAUUAAGGACUCCAAUACAAAUUGCUCAGGAUGGGAGCAGGUGAAGCAGAAGACUCUGGACGGUUUGAAGGUCACUCUUAGUGCGUCCAUUGAGCAGGACUGCUCUUGUUUUUCACCUCCAGCAUACAUACAAGAUCUAAAGGUCAGGUGUACGAAUAGCAGACUGUCCAUCUCAGGCAAAGCUUUAACAUUUCACAAGGACCAACAUCUCAUCCAAACCUGGAAUACGAACCUCCUUAAUCAGCCCUUCACCCUACAUGACAGAUCCUUUGGCUCUCUUACUGGAUGCAGUGCCCAAGGAACCUUCAAGGCAUGGCACGUGGCUGUCCUGGUGCUCCUGACCCUGCUGUUGAUAUUUGGCGCAGUCGCUCUAUUAGUCUACCUUCGGAAAAGGCGACCUCAGAAUUACACCAGCAUGGAAAUGAACGCACACAGAGAGCUCAUAUCAGAGUAUUAGCAAGCUUGCAAACAGGAGCAACGAGAAAAAACGAAGAUUGAAGACCUACUGUUUGCUCUGCAAGGACUAAUCAAAGCUUGUGGUUUUGGUACCAGUAUUACCCUGUGGGUUAAGAAGAGAACUGCGCUUCCGAAUGACUAUUUCUCCAUGUUCCCUUAUCACGCUGUGAAACUGAAGGUCUCUAGUUUGAAAACAGGAAAAGGCAAAAUGGUGCAAAUAUGGAACAACAUAAUGCUUUGGGUACUUCCAAGUUAAAUGUAUAUUAGAAGUGUUUUGUUUUUAAUUUUACCAAGUCCAAACUUCUAUGCCAGUGAACACCCAAGGUGUCUCCAGCUCAGCCAGUAUUUCAUUAAUAGCCAUGUGAUGCCGCAGUGGGCCUGUGGAUAUCAUAAACAUCUCGCUGCUGUUCCAGGUUUAUAGGAAAUCCCACACAGUGGGGUAGAUGUACUAUGAGGCGUGAUGGAAGGGCCUGCGGGGUCUAACUUUUAAGAUCCUGAUAUGUAAAUUUGAAUUAAAAUAAUGGUACGCAGACAGUUUUUAUCCCUAUUGAUUCCACAAAUACAUUGUCACCUGACUUCUAUAAAUGAUAAAAAAAAAAUGAUAUUUUGGAUACUUUGUAAAAUGCAGCAUUGCCAUGGAUACUUGGAAUCAAUAUGUUCCAUAGAAUGACAGACACUUUCAUCUGUUGACUUUCUCCUCAUUAACUAAUAAUUAAAUUGGGGUUUUCAAUUCUCAUGUAACAAUCUAAGAAUUACAACUUCAAUUCUCCACCCAAUUCCCCUACAAUCCACAGCAUUGCGCAGGGUCUCCGUUAUGCAAUGUUAAAAACUGAACUUUAGCCUUUGCAUUUUCUUUGCCAAAAUCGGUUUACAUUACUUUAAAACAAUACUACCAGUCAAAUUCCUUUCUGUAAAUGCUUUAGUAAGUUUAGAUGUAGUUACCACUUGAAUAUAAAGCUUGUCUUCUUUGUAGACAUUACAAUUUGUUUUUUUUAAAUGUCAAACCAUUUGAUUACACAAAAUAACUCUUAAAACUGUCGGCAACCAAUCAUAACCUGAGGUUCAAACAGAUGAACGGUUUAACUACGAACAUUCCGCUGUGCAGAGGAGAGGAAAUGGUCCGAACAUGUCUGAUUGUACACAUGCGAAAUGAGGAAGAUUACUGGAACUUUUAUAUAGAAAAAAAAAAAAGAGGGGAAAAAAACACCAAAACAUUGCAAACUCGUUCAGCAGAUUACUUAUCAAGUUUUGUACAUACUUUGUUUUGUAUUAAACAUGCCAGUUUUCACUGGUUUCCCAGA